UCUCGCUACAGCCAGCCAGCCAAAAAGAAAGGAAAAAAGUUGAUUCCUAGGAAAAAUUGAAAUCGAACGUCGUCCCGUCUCCGCGGUGUGAUUGCGUCCGUGAUUUCAGUUUCGAGUGUGGGUGAUUGGGGCCGCGCCGUCGUUGUGUCCCGCAAAGAGUUUGGAAGCAUCAACAGCAGGAGCAGAAAUGCGUUGAAAAUAGCACACGUCGAUCAAUCGUUGAUAGUGGCAGCAGCAUCGUUCCAUUUUGUUGCGAGUGCGGCGAGUGGUGUGCAAUAUUGAGGAAGAAAAAAAUAACGCGAACCUAUCGAGAACUGUGUGUGACCAGCAGGGUGGCAGAGUGCAGCGAAGAAAGAUUGAGAGAUCGUGUGAGGCAAUCUUGGCGGGUUUCAUCAUCCGGCUGGCGCUAGGAAGUGGAUUGAAGGCAGCAAGGAACGAGAAAGAAGUUUUCCGAGGGUGAGAAAAAGCAACGAGCAAACUUUCACCGACAAACGCGCGCUUGCCAGCGUAACCGCAACUGAGUCACAGCAGCAGCAGCAGCAGCCCAGCGGCCCGGAACUGACCGGCACAACAACCAGCGCGCAAGAUGACCGCAACGGACAACACGAUCCGCUUCAGUGACCACACGCUGGACAAGGCGACAAAGGCGAAGGUGACACUGGAGAACUACUACAGCAAUCUGAUCACGCAGCAUGGCGAACGGAAGCAGCGCCAGGCCAAGCUGGAGGCAUCGCUCAAGGACGAGGCGCUGUCCGAGUCCCAGCGGCAGGAAAAACGUCAACAGCACGCCCAAAAGGAGACCGAGUUUCUGCGGUUGAAGCGGUCCCGGCUCGGGGUGGAGGAUUUCGAAGCGUUGAAGGUGAUAGGACGGGGUGCGUUCGGCGAGGUUCGACUGGUGCAGAAAAAGGACACGGGGCAUGUGUACGCGAUGAAGGUUCUGAGGAAAGCGGACAUGUUGGAGAAGGAACAGGUGGCGCAUGUGCGAGCCGAGAGGGACGUGCUGGUCGAGGCGGAUCAUCAGUGGGUGGUUAAGAUGUACUAUAGCUUUCAGGAUUCGAUAAAUCUCUAUCUGAUAAUGGAGUUCUUGCCGGGCGGCGACAUGAUGACGCUGCUCAUGAAGAAGGACACCCUGUCGGAGGAAUGCACGCAGUUUUACAUCGCCGAAACGGCGCUGGCCAUCGAUUCGAUCCACCGGCUUGGCUUCAUCCAUCGGGACAUCAAACCGGACAACCUGCUGCUGGACGCGCGCGGUCACCUCAAGCUGUCAGACUUUGGCCUGUGCACGGGGCUUAAAAAAUCGCACCGCACCGACUUUUACCGCGAUCUGUCCCAGGCCAAACCGUCCGACUUUAUCGGAACCUGUGCCAGCCCGAUGGACUCGAAGCGCCGGGCGGAAAGCUGGAAGCGGAAUCGGCGAGCCCUGGCGUACAGUACGGUGGGAACGCCCGAUUACAUCGCGCCGGAAGUGUUUCUGCAAACGGGGUACGGGCCGGCCUGCGACUGGUGGUCGCUCGGCGUCAUCAUGUACGAGAUGUUGAUGGGAUAUCCGCCGUUCUGCUCGGACAACCCCCAGGACACGUACCGGAAGGUGAUGAACUGGCGCGAAACGUUGAUCUUCCCGCCGGAGACGCCGAUCUCGGAGGAGGCGCGCGAUACCAUCGUCAAGUUUUGCUGUGAGGCGGAGAGGAGGCUCGGUUCCCAGCGCGGCAUCGAGGACCUGAAGCUGGUGUCGUUCUUCCGGGGCGUCGACUGGGAGCACAUCCGCGAGCGGCCGGCGGCCAUCCCCGUCGAGGUGCGCUCCAUCGACGACACGUCCAACUUUGACGAGUUCCCGGACGUGGCGCUGGAAAUUCCACUUGCCGCCGCCCAUCCGACGCCCGAGGGUGAGGUCCUCAAGGAUUGGGUCUUUAUCAACUACACGUUCCGUCGGUUCGAGAGUCUCACGCAGCGCGGUACGCCGACGAAAAAGUAAGGAGGAGGUUUUGAUGAUGGUGAUGAGGACGAAGAAGCUGGCUGGACUCGACUUCCGGUAGUAUAUCUCUUGCUAAUAUUCUAAUCUCCAGACAAAACACACACACGUACGUACACACACACAGAAGAAGAGGAGGAGAAAAAAGUAAACACACACAUACAAUUUUACUAGAACUAUUCGCUGGAAAGAAAUUAUAUAUUUAACGACGCGAACGCAGGAAGAUUAAGAAUGACUCAAUGGUGAAGCAAACAAAACAAAAAUCGUAAAUUAGUAUCCUCUAUGAAAGUACAGAAAAAAUAUCUUUAAACACACACUCACACACAUAGUCACGCAAUACGCGUGAAAACAAAUCAAAGAAUAAUGAUAACGCUACGCUAAGGUUAGCAAAACUUUUGCCCCCACUCCCUUCCUCUCCACAAACUUCUUUAAGGUACACCCUUCUCUUAGUCGCUAGGAGUAGUGUGCAAUAUAUAUUCCAUUUCAAACUUGAGUUCAACAACACACAGUUCACAGUGUUAGUGUGUAGCAGCCUUUCCCUAAAUUUCCAGCUUUCACAGCCAAGUAGACUUACAAAUCACAUUUACAACACUUACGUUAUAGGAGCGAACCGAGAUCGUGUGCGUGCGCGCUUGCUUAAAAAAUAAUUGUGCAAAACAGAACAGAACACACAGACAAACAGAUAGCUAAUGUAACCGAGAAAAAGAAAACAAAAAAAGGUACAUGUUAAGUUAGUCCCUCCUGCAGUUCUCCAUGAUUUAGCGAAAAGAAAGGGAGUAAGCAUUUCUAGCGUGAUGCUUAGAGAGCAAGCUAUAUAUAGUAUUAGUAGAAAUUAUUAUUUUUAAAAAACCAUUAUCCUAAUUUUAAGUUUAAAUGUUUUGUUUUAUAGAGCAAGCGAACACUGUAAUUUUUGCAUCUUCUCGCGCUCACCUUGCUGCAAAGUUGAGUGUCGUGUUUCUUUUUGUGUCGUUUUUGUUUGAGUUGUGUAAAUAUUCACAAGAGAGAAAAAAAAGCAAAACGCGCCACACGUUAAAUUUGAGCAGCACGCCCUCCCUUAAAUUGUUCCCCCUCACAACACACAAAAAAAACUUUGGUUUAAUUUUGCUAGAAGCAAACAAUCACACACACCUAAAAAAAAGUUUAUUUUACUUUAUGUUUCGGUUUUGGACCACCUUAAAAAAAGAUAGAAAGAAAAAAAGAGAGUUUUUAUUUAUCCAAGUGCUUUGUGAAAGUCGACGGCAGGCAGGCAGGCGUUUAUUCCGUGUUUCCUGUUUUAUUAUUUUUAGGGUUCUAAGUUCGAUUGUGAGUGGAAAAAAGAACAGAAAAAAACAGAUAAAAAUAUAUAUUAUAAAACAGUAAAAAAAAAUCAACACACACAUGAAAUCCUUAGUGCUAAGAGAAAUGUGAGCGUUUUUAGUGUAAUGUCGACUAAUGGAGCAAGAGCAAAGUGAAAAUAAGUAAAAAGUACAUUAGAUAAUUUUGGGUUCUUCAGUUGUUGUGGGUUAUUUCUACUUUCGGUCGGUCAAUCUCGAGUUUUUAUUUUUAUUUCGGUCAAAAGUAAGAUCCUUUUCCCAGA